CUUUUAUUUUCCUCCUCCCCCUCCCUUUCUCACUAGAUCGCCUCGCUGCACCACUCUCCUCCCUCCAUUGCAUCUUGUCUCUCGGGUAUUGCGCCCUCUCUCCUUCCCUUCUGUUCCUGCAGCGCCAUGUCUGCCUCUUGUUCAGCGCUGAGACGGCUGACCCACAGGUCUCCCCGCACUUGGUCCUCCCGCAUCGCUUCCGUCUCCAGGCCCUCCUCCUCGUCCCUCUCCUCCCUCCCCUCCGUUGCCCAUCACAGCCUCAGGGCCUCUACACUCCCCCGUGUAUCUCGAUUCUCAACCAUGGCCGCCCUUCAGCAUGCCGCCCCCGUCGUGCCCGGCGACAAGGCCUACGACCCCGAGAUCAAGGACAUGGCCGACUACAUCCACAACUACAAGGUCGACUCCGACUUGGCGUAUGACACCGCGCGUCUGGUGUUUCUUGACACCUUGGGAUGCGGGCUGGAGGCGCUGAAGUUCAAGGAAUGCGCCAAGCUGCUGGGCCCGGUGGUCGAUGGCACGGUGGUCCCCCACGGCACUCGUGUUCCCGGAACCCCCUACCAGCUGGACCCCGUCAACGGUGCCUUCAACAUUGGUGCCAUGAUCCGCUGGCUCGACUACAACGACUGCUGGCUGGCCGCGGAGUGGGGUCACCCCUCCGACAACCUGGGUGGUAUCCUGGCGGUCGCGGACUGGGUCUCCCGCACCAACCGGGCUGGAGGUAAUAUCGCCGGAGGCAAGAUCUUCAAGGUCAAGGAUGUGCUGGAGGCCAUGAUUAAGGCCCAUGAGAUCCAGGGUGUGUUGGCGCUCGAGAACUCCUACAACAAGGUCGGCCUGGACCACGUCGUUCUCGUCAAGGUUGCGACCACGGCUGUGGUCUCCAAGAUGCUCGGUCUGAGCGAGAAGCAGACUGCGGACGCGAUCACCCAGGCGUUCGUGGAUGGCCAGUCCCUCCGCACCUACAGACACUCCCCCAACACCAUGUCCCGGAAGUCGUGGGCGGCCGGUGACGCCUGUCAGCGGGCCGUCAACCUGGUCCUGAAGGUGCAGAAGGGAGAAGGUGGUCUGCACACCGUCCUCUCUGCCCCGGUCUGGGGCUUCUACGAUGUCCUAUUCAAGGGCAACAAGUUCCAGUUCCAGCGUCCGUACGGCAGCUACGUCAUGGAGAACGUCCUCUUCAAGGUUUCUUACCCAGCGGAGUUCCACUCCCAGACCGCGAUCGAGGCGGCUCAGAUCGUGAAUGCGAAGCUGAAGGCGCUGGGCAAGAGCGCUAAGGACAUCAAGGAGAUCAGCAACCGCACUCACGAGGCGUGCAUCCGGAUCAUCGACAAGCAGUUCAAGGCGAUGGACAACUUUGCGGACCGUGACCACUGUGUUCAGUACAUGGUUGCGACCAUGCUGGUCUUCAACCGGCUGACAGCCAGCGACUACGCCGACGGCUCGGAGGCCGCCACCUCUCCGCUCCUGGAGGACCUACGCAAGCGCAUCAGCUGUGUCGAGGACCCCCAGUUCACGACGGACUACCACGACCCCAGCAAGCGCACGAUCCCCAACGCGCUCACCGUCACCCUGAAGGACGGAACCGUGCUCGACGAGGUGGUCGUGGAGGCGCCUCUGGGCCACCGCCUGCGCCGCGAGGAGGCCAAGCCCGAGAUCCUGGCCAAGUACAAGCGUCACCUGGAGGCGCACUUCGAGCAGAGCCGCAUUGACGAGCUCAUCGAGCUGGGCUGGAACCGCUCUGCUCUGGAGAGCCAUGACGUGGACAGCUACGUUGAUCUGUACGUGAAGGACAAGAUGGUGGCCGCGCAGUAGAGAUAUAAAUAUGUGGGAUAGAGCUGCCGGUUUAAUUUUGGCGAUUGGAAAGCAACCAGAGCGUGUUUUGAGCUAGCCAGCAGGAUAUGAUGUAUGAGACAAGCAUGUUUGCAGAAUAAAGACAUUUUCAAAUUAC